GAAAACAAAACGUGAGCACAGCCGAAGUGGAUACACAACAUCAUGGGGAGAAGAAAUUCCCUUUCACACUUUCUUUUCAUGAUUUAUUUACAAUUCUCACUGAUUCCCGUAGCAGAACUCUCGUUAGAAGAAGUUUCUUCAACGGAUUUUAGUGCACCUCCAGGUCACUUGGAGCCGCUCGGAUCCCGUAAUGUACAACACUCUCUUGAAGUUAUCAAUGACUUCUUAACUCCUAUGGAGUUUUUUAAAAACUACGUAUCCCCCAUAAAGCCUGUCUUGAUACGAGGAGGAGCAAAAAUCUCGCCGGCCUUGACCAAAUGGACAGACGAAUAUUUCCUUUCUUUACCCGAAUCAAACGAUUUUAAUGUUACUGCAGAACAAAGAAAGAAAGAGAUUCGAACAUUCCCUGCCUACGAUGUGAGCUUCAAGGAGUUUGUGUCAACGUACAGAAAAGAGGAUAUUUACAUGGUUAAUGGUGUCCCUCCUUUCCUUCAGUAAGUAAAUUUCGUUGUUACUUUGUUAAACUUACCAGAGGUGGAUUAAAAACAAUAGAUUGUUUAUUUGCACAAUUUUCUUCGGCGGUGUUGAUCGUAAAAUACAUUUAAAUGGUGUAUUAGUUUUUAAGAUUUUAAAACUGUAUCCUCGGUUUAACUUGAUGAUUUCACAUACAGCUGACACAUUGUCUUAAAGACCUUAUAAUGAUUUCUGGGUAAAAAAGGAUACAAUUUUGGUAUGUUAUAACGUUCUCAGUUAAUAAAUUCACCCCUUUAUAUGGAUUUGCUUGAAGUAGUAGAGGUAGAGACCGAAAGACUGUAAUUUAACUAUAUUUAAAUAUAAUUUAAAAUUUCAUGCGUAAUUUAAACUCACAUUUAAACAGGAAAAAUCGCAUAUGGCCUGGUCCUGAGUAUUCUGAGUUGAAAAUAUUGUGGUCUUAUGCCUAAUGAUACAAUGUAUUUUUUAGAGAUUUCUUUCUUCAUCACUAGAGAACUUUUGAACGGCCAUGCAUUAUCUUUUGCUUAAUGAGAUCUGUGCCUGCCCCUUAGAACAAACAUGAGUUGAGGAUAUGUCAGGUGUUCCAUUGAAUAUGUUUGCUUAUAUUUAUGCAUUUCACAACCUUUGUAAAACUCCUUAUUUCAAAAGAUUCUGAAUUGAGAUUGAAGUCUGCAGAUGAUGCAGAUGUUAUCACGUUCUUAUCGCAAGAUCAAGUCAGCUAUUAAUUUCACAGUUUCAACAAUUGCUGUUCAGCAAAAAAGUGGACUGAAGCACUAUUAAAUAUCCUGUGUUGACAGCAUGAUUUAGAUUGCAUAGUUAUCCUUCUUAAGGGUGCAGGCAAGUAAAGAAUUUAAAGAAAGUGAUGAGACUUUUAACUCUGUAAUACAUGUUUCGGCAGAAUCUUCUGUCAUCUUCAGUUAAUUAAUGUACAAAGCGUUGGAAGUUGAAUUGUGAUAAAAUAAUGGUGACAACAAGAAAGAGGCGAAGCAUGAAAGUGUGAGAAUUAAAAGGAUAGUUUUAAAUUUACAUAGUGUAAUUGUUGAUUCAAGGAUGGUUGUUCCCUUUGAGUAUGAAUAGCUUCUUUUAUCUUGAGUUGAAAACUGGUAGUGGUGUGAUCCAAAACAUAGAAGCUACCUGCUGAACACAAAGCGCUACAUAUGCAGAAUCAUGCAGAUGCCUGAAAAAGUGAGAGGCCCUAUCACUGACUAAGUGCUCUCUAACACAUGUGGAAAAUUGCCGGCAUGUUUCACCAAUGUAACAGGCAUUGCAACCAGCACAUACAAACUUAUAAACCACAUGUGAAUGUCAGGGACAGGGUCUUUCACACCAACCAAGUUGCCGAUCUUGAAGGAAGAGAAAACCAGCUUAAUAUCCAAGUUGCAUAGGAUGUAAUGUAUCAGGAGUUGUUGAGUUUGAAUACUUGACAGAAAUCAGUAGGGUUUUACGGAUAAUUCAAACACUGAAUCUAUCAUUUCAUAACAUAUAGCCAACCAAAAAUGGUAUAGUUUAAUAAUAAAAUAGUAUCUUAACACUGUUAAAAAUAAUUUGGGCAUUGUCUCAGCUUGUAACUUUUCCUACACCUCAAGUGCUGUCCAUUUUAAUGCAGGAAAGAUGUAACAUUGCCUCCACCACUCUUAUGUAAUGAUAUUGUGAAGGACAAGUUAAUCGACACGGUUAGUCAUUGUUCCAAUGUAUUAAAUUCACUGAUAAAAUUGACGCCUUCUUAGAAAAAAACUAAGCCUGGAUCAUACAUUUUUAUCUCAAAAUUAAGUCUCUUUGAAAGGGUCUGAAUUUUACAAGUUUCUAACACCUGCAGAUUUCUUCAUUGAUUUUGUCCCUUUUUUGUGUUUUGUGUUAUUCUUCUGUUAAUCAUUUUGUGUGUUUGUUCAGCCCUUUUCCCAUGUUGUUUUAACUCUCCAGGUGAUGUGGUUCAGUAGUGGUGGCACAAAGUCAGUCUUACAUAACGACGAUGUUGACAACAUCAACUGUUUAUUCAGUGGCACCAAGGAGCUUUUAUUUAUAGACUACAAAAAGUACAAGAAACAGGUGUGCUUGACAGCCAUUUUGUUUUUCUUUUAGUUGUUUUGUUCAAAAAAAGAUUGUUACCUAUUCCAGGGUUAGAACAAUUAUUGUGACAUUUUGGUUUAACUCACUCUGAGAUGAAAGCUUGAGAGGUAUUUACCUUAAUUAGAACAGUUACAAAGGUCUUAUUAAGACCAAGUUUCACUUCUUUUAAUCCAACCUGUAUUAAUGCCAAAUGUCUUUCAAACACCUGGUCCCUGAACUCUACAUUAGCUUUUAACAAUUUACAGUGAGUGUAUAGUCAUCAUGAUGCUUUCAGGCUAUAUACUAGUCAAUAUUUCUCUUUUAUAAGGAUUUCACCAUGCAAUAUUGGUAAAAGGCUUUUGUUUCCUUGAUUGUCAAGGUUCCUAUAGAUUUCCCAUCUGGUGGCUAUUCUGGCGUAGAUGUUGAUCGGUAAGAUAUUAACAAUAUUAUUUUGAAGUCCAUGACUGUUUUUGUUGUUAAGUGGUAUAUUUCCUACAUGUUUGUUGGUUGGAGUUUUCACAUGAGUGUUUUUGUGACUUUAAAGCAACUUGCUGGCUCAUAUUUGGCAACUGGAUAUGGAACUGUCUAUACCGUGCUAAAAAUUUCCUUGCAUAUUUUGCAAGGUAUUUUUGUUUGGCAAAAGAGAAAGAGGAGAAGUGCAAUGGAUAGCUUUGAAAACAAAUGUUUGACUGAUCGAUGAUUAAUUUCAAAGAAAUUAAGUUACUUCUUUAUUGGUCUGAAUUUUUUUUACAAGUCUGGCAAUAUUUUUUAUAUGACCAAGGUUGAACAUGAAAGGGAGGCCCUGGGUAGCAUAACUGUGACAUAAGCAUAACCUUUUCAAUGUUAAUAAAUGAAAUAUUUAUCCCUUAUCUCUGAAGAUCUCAUUAGUAAUUCUCCCUACUGUAUGUCAUAUAGUUCUUGUGAUGUUAGUUUUGAGAAUUUGGUAUUGGAUCAACUAAUAAUCCCCUAAUUAAUGUUUUUCUUGAUUCUCAUCACUUGUCUGCUUGAUAUUAUAUUGAUAUUGUAAGGAGAAAUUCUGUCUUGGUCUUAAAGGGUUAACAAUUGCUGUAACUUUUUUCAGCGUUGAUUUUGUUAAGUAUCCCAGUUUGAAAGAUGUAGAGUAUUUCAAUGUGACAAUGAAACCUGGUGAUUGUCUGUUCAUUCCUUACAAAUGGUGAGAUUUGCUCAUUUGAAUAAUGUAAUUUUGCAGUGCUUUUUAAUGACUUUAAGUUGGCUUUUAUAAGUAUCUUUAAAGCUGUGUGGUUUCUGGCAUGAAAAAGUACUUUAAAGAGUAUUGCUGACUAAGCUUCAUGCUGCUGAAAGGGGGAAAGCUAUGGCUGAAUAAGCCAUGUAGCUUGAAUGCUGGUCAACUGCCCUAAGGAGGGUCAUCAGAAAGUCUACAAGUGGAGGGAAUUCUUAGGAUUCUUGUAUGAAUGACAAUAUGUUAAAGAAAAGAAUAUUGUUCACAUGAAAUUGGAAUUUUUAGAGUUAUAGUUGGGAAGCUCCAAGGGUUAACAAUUAAAAUGGGUUUUUAUGAUUCAAAGAAAAUCUCGGAGAUGAACAUCGGUAUUGAUUGAUAUUAUCAGGUGUACAAAUAAUCAUACAUUGUAAUAUUUCAUGUGAUUAACCUUAGGUAUCACCAGGUACGGUCAUAUGAUCGUAACAUAGCAGUGAAUGUUUGGUGGAAACACAUACCUGACUUUGUUCCACAAGAUUGUGAUAUGGAACCCAACCAGACAUUGGACAAUUUUAAGUUCUCUUCUCUUGAACAAGAGGCAAGCAAUACCCAAGAGCAAGAGGGUUUUAUGUAAGUGAAAGUUUGCUAAAGUACAAAUGUACCUAUAAUUUUUUAACCACAUACAUUUGGAUACAUUUGGCUCAUGCAAGAGGUAUUUACAGUUGACCACACAUUAGCCACUAUCAACUGACUAUCUACUGAACUUUGAUCAAUCAUGGAUCAACUUUGGAAUGAUUUGAUAACUGACUAUAUUUAGAUACAUAUUUGUCAGACAUAAAUAUUCACUCAGGCCUCUGAUAAAUUGCUCUGAUGAAGGGCCAAAUCUUGAAACUACAACUUUAGAAACUCUUUACGGAGGCCAAUUUACAUUUAUCAACACAGUUGAAAAAACUAAAUUAUCUUUUUAUACCCCCCAUAGAUGCAGCACUAUUAUAGUUUCUUUAGAAACUUUCUCCCUAUUAUACAUGUAGUAUAAAUGAAUCAAAAGGUUUCUCAGCUGAUUAAUUUUCUUUCAAAUUUUUCUUCAGGAAAUACAUGAGUGAACUGAUUGCCAAUGGUCAAGUUGGUUUUAGGGAGUUUGAAGACAAAUUGAAAACAGUAUGUAGGCUUUCACUCUGACUAGUAAGCCUCUGGGGUGGAUUUGUUACUAACCUUUAAACCCUAGGAGUGACCAGCUUCUAAUUUCUCCAUACAGUUAUGUAAUACAGCUGAAUCAUUCAUUUAUUUUAUGAAAGUAAAGGAAAUGGUCACCACCUUUAGAAACUUUGAUUGUAACACAAAAUUAUCCUUGUCAACAGCGAAGGAAGUGAACAGAGAAAAGUAUAGCAGAUACGGAUACUCAUGUCAGGGUUGAUAUUUGUUCAAAAGUUAUUAUCAACAAAAGGAUGACUUUCUAUAUAGAAAUAUAAGUCGCACCAGAUUCUCAGGGCUCGUAAUUGGUUAGGAGAUGAUAACCAUUACCAAACAGAUUGUUGGUGGUUAAUGUGAAAUUUUGAUAAUUUAGGUUAUAUGUUUUAAAAUAAGAAAAAAGAAAUGAAGAGCUUAUAUUAGGUGGGUGUUCCUUAAUUGAAGAUUUGAAAUGGAUGCUUUUUUCUCUCAGGAGUCUGCCAUUGUUGGUGUUGAGCCUUUUGAGUGGAAUGACAAGCUGUCAGCUGUGGCUAGGAAGGUUAGAAUAAGGAAGUUACUGUCUAUCCAAGAAGGUUCAUUCCAGUGAUGAACAAACAAGACCUUGCCAUUUAGUCAGUAUCAACUCCUAAAAGAAUCUUUAAAGGCAGUAUAAACUCUGCUAUUGAUUCAUAGGAGUGACUGGCUUCUAAUUUCUCGUUACAGGAUUUCCCUCGAAACAAAUGUAAAGAUCAUAAGGAUAAAGGAAAUGAUUACCAAUUUAAGAAGCUCCUGAUUGUCAAACAAACUCUCCUUGUUAUUGCUGUAGAAAAUGUGAAGAUUAGAGUGUGGGGAAUAUGAAUAUUCGUUUUAGGAUCUAAAGGGUGGAAGGGUGUUGCUCUUGGGGGUGUAAACAGAACUUGUUUAUCAGGGGGGUGAAGUAUCUUCUCUGGUUAUCAAAUUAGUAACCCAUAAGCUUCAAAUCAAGCCUUUUUUUGCUCUCCUAUGUUAUGGGAAAUGUUUCUGUUAUAGGCAAUAGCAUGGUUAUUCCUAAGUCAGAAUCUCUCUCCUUAGAUAUUUCAAGUAUUAGACAAAGACAAGGAUGGGUUGUUUUCAAAACAUGAUUUCAAACUAUUGGAAGAGGAUACUUCAGUAAGUUUAUUUUCAGUCUUCAUCAACCUCACCUGUCCUUGACUUAAUUGAGUGACACUUCAAGGAAGUAUUACAGUUAUAGUAUGGCUAGUUUCAAUAUUCUCAUUUCUUGCAAUACUGUUUUCCUCUUAACCCCUUAACUUCCAAGAUCUGACAGUCAAUUCCCCCUGCAGCUACAACAUAUUUCCUUUUAAAUUAGUAACAGGAAUUUGUUGUUAGAUCAAGACAACAACUUCUACUUAAUAUGUUUGAGUAUUCUCAUUACCUGUUUGCUAGAUAAUGUAUGGAUAUUGCAGGGAGAAGUUAGAUUUUAAUCACUUCUGGGAGUUAAAAGGGUUAAAUUGAAAUUUUUUGUUAAAUAAAUUGGAGUGAGGAAAAGUUUUUUUUUUCUUUCUACAUUUGUGACAAGUACUUCAAAUUUAUAUUUCUUUCAACCCUUUCCAUCUUACCUUUAGUUUAUUGCCUGACAUUUGUUGUUUUUCUCAUAUUUUGAUAGGUGGAGAGUGUUGUUGAAAAUGAAUUGGCUAAGAUUGAAGAUAUAAUAGAGGAUCAAGUGGAAUCAAACUAUUCUCCCCAAGUUGAGAUAAAAGAUGAACUUUAA